AUGCUGUUCGCCCUACUAAUGGAAUUUAAAGGGCUCUUGGCCACCAGUACCAUGGCGGUACUCACCAUUCAUAAGGCUGACGUUAUCUAUGGUGUGGGAACUGGGGUCAGCAGAGAGAUUCCUGAUCCACUUUCAUGGGAAGCGAACGAUAUUUGGGAAAAGUUAACAGCGACGCUGACCAUUGUUACACGACGCCAGAAGGUGACACAAACGUUGUCGAUCCCAGCGUGGCAUUCAGACGAUCUACUGAUGAUGGUAAAGGCCAUUGAAGAGGAAGGUGAUCGGGAUGUUGCCGGUACAGGAAUCCAAUGCAUCCAUCCAUAUAAGUUCACUCAUCUUCCUGACAAGGGCGCUCACGGGUACUUGGCCCUUGCGUGCGGUCUCCACUAG